AUGGACGAUGCUUUGCGUCGCAGCAUCUUUGGUUCAUCUGAUGAAUCAGAUGAACCAUCGCCGAAGCGAAGGCGCUCGAGGUCGCGAGACUCGGGCGCUAACAGUGGUGUCGGUUCUCCUAUGGACACCACUUCGCAACGAGGUGCCAGUACUUCUGUCGGCACAUCGCAGGAAGAGCGGGACCGCAAUGUGUUGCGUCUCGCUCCUGAGAAGAAGGCAUGGAUGCCUCCCAAAUCUGUCGUGGAUCACUUGUCGGCGACGACGAGUGAUCGUUAUCGAACACGGUUGUUCGAUUCGUCAAGGAUCCAUCACCUUGACCCCAGCGCGAAAAACUAUCGCGCUGAGAAUGGAAUUCUUCAUCGACGCUUUCUUUAG